UCCAAAGGCUGCACCGAGUCACCGACAGUAAUUACGGAGUGACUCUUGCCGUCAAGUUCAAGCUCGAGGCGUCACAACAACAACACCUUCACGCCCUGAUCUCAGCCCCUGUCUACUGUGCUGCUAGACCACCCGAGGCAGCCAUGGCAGACCAGACCAAAGAGAAUCCGCUGCACAUCUCGUGGCAUGACAGUAUGUGGGUGCCGCACCUCAACUCCUCCAACAUCAUGAACUACUUCGGUGAGCGCUCCAACCCGUUCUACUCACGAGACUGUAACAACGAGUUCAUCAAGAUGCAGCAGAACACACGCGUCGACCAACUGACACACAUGCAGGGCGUGGAGUACAUCCUGCUGCACACCCAGGAGCCCAUCCUCUACAUUGUGCGCAAGCAGAACCGCUACUCCCCCACCCAGGUGACGCCCCUUGCUAACUACCACAUCAUUGGUGGACAGGUGUUCCAGACGCCUGACCUCGGCUCAGUCAUCAACUCCCGUAUGCUUGCUGCUGUCAGCAACCUGAACAGUGCCUUCACUGAGCUUCAGUCAUACUCCCACUACCACCCGUCCAAAGGCUACUGGUGGCAGUUCAGGAACCACCCAGAAUCUUCUGCUGCUGCUGCUGCUGCUGCUGCCGCUGCCAACAAGGAGAAGGAGAAGCAGCAGAAGAAGGCCAGCAACAACCAGCGUGAGGAGCCGGCCUCAGUGUUCCAGCACCGGCGGGUCGGCUCCCUGCUGGAGGACCUGCAGGCUAAGUUCCCUUACAAGUACCCAACACAGCCACAGCAACAACAGCAGCAGCAACAGCAAACACCACAAGCCACUCAGCAGGGCACACAGCAGGCAACGCAGCAGGAAGGCACGAAGAUGGAGGACAUCAAGCCUGACAUCAAGACGGAGGUUAAGUUGGAGGUGAAGACAGAGGUGAAGAGUGACCCAUCGCCCACGCCACCCUCACAGCGCUCGGCCCGCCCGCCCCCAGAGAAGAGGCAACGUACGGGUCCCUAGUGACAGCAGGGAGGGUGUGGCGGUAUGGGGGUGUGUAAUGUUAAGGUGUGGGUGGUUGUGUUGGAUGCAAAAAAAGCUUGUGAUAAUAGAAAUAUAUCACUCAUUUUUCAGU